UACCUAAUAUCUCAAUUAUGGUUGAUAAUGAAUAUUCAAGACCUACAGCUAAAACAUCAGCAGAGACAGAAUACUUGUUACCAUUUGAUGGAAAAUGGGAGUUCCCCAGAGAGAAUUUAUCUCUUGGAAAUGAUUUGGGAGAAGGCGAAUUUGGUAAAGUGGUUCAAGCAGAGGCGUUGGGAAUUUUGCAGGAAACUGUUGUCACUACUGUUGCAGUCAAAAUGUUGAAGGAUGAUCACUCUGAUGAAGAUAUGAUUGAUUUAGUAUCUGAAAUGGAGUUAAUGAAAUUAAUUGGCGCACAUGUCAACGUUCUACAGCUCUUGGGGUGUUGCUCUCAAGAUGGUGAAUUACUUAUCAUUACUGAAUUUGCUCCACAUGGAAAUUUACGAGACUUUCUUAGGGACCAUUUACCUUCUGCCAAGAAUAAACACACAUUCAAAUUAUCUCAGAAUACUCUGCUAAUGUUUGCUCAACAAGCAGCUAAAGGAAUGGAGUAUUUGGCCACUAAAAAGUGUGUGCACCGCGAUCUUGCUGCGCGAAAUGUUCUAGUGUCCAACAAUUACAUCAUAAAAAUAGCGGACUUUGGCCUUGCAAGGGAUAUUCGUAAUAAAGACUACUACCGGAAGGAAGCAAAAGGCAGAUUACCAGUGAAAUGGAUGGCUCCUGAAGCACUUGGUCAUGGUCUUUACUCAACGCAAUCUGACAUAUGGUCGUACGGUAUAUUACUGUGGGAGAUUCUAACGUUGGGAGCAACACCUUAUCCUUCAUUUCCAGAUUUAGGAAAAUUAUUCCAGGCUUUACACUCAGGGUAUAGAAUGGAAAAACCCCCUAACUGCUCUGUUAAGCUGUACAGUCUAAUGCACAAAUGUUGGAGUUACAUCCCAGAAGACCGUCCUUCAUUCACAAUGAUUGCCAAUGCUUUGGAGGAUAUAUUAUCAAAGAAUGCCAAUGAUGAGGUACUCCAGCGAUGUAAUGUUUAUUGGCCGCAGAGACAUGAGUGUACCUCGAGUGAUGUAGAAAAUCCAGCAGAUCUUUUACAUGACUGAUCAAUUUUCAAUAGUUUGCUAUGGGUGUUAUUCAUUAGGUUAUAAUUGAAGACGUCAUAACAAAACGGGGUAUAUAUGACACAUAUGUCAUUUUUGAGACGAAUCCAUAUUGUUAUUCUUCAGACCUUCCUCUAUCAUAUGAGACCACCCCCACUUCACAAAGUCGAAAAACCAGUGAGAUAUCGCCAUUUUAAAACUGUAAAGUCGAUGAAAAAUUUACUUUUUCAGAGAUAAUGGGUUACUCAUGGUUGAUUUUGUGUUGUCAACCAAUAUAUACCUGGUUUAAAUCCAAAAAUUUGCUCAAAAACAUUUUUAAAUCAAUAAAAAAAUUUAAAAAAAAAUUGGCCAAACUUACCGCUAACCAGGGGCGAAGCGUGUGUGUAAGCCAGUAAGCCGGGCUUACACGAGAAAAAGAAAAAAAAGAAAAAAGAAAAUAUUAUUUCAGUAGGUACAGAAAUUGUACAGAAAGUUUAAAAUUUCGAAUCGCGAAAUGAAAAAUCAAAAUUAUUUAUUAAAAUAUGGGGUUGGGGUAGGCAACCUGUUCUGCUGGAAGCCCUAUUCGUUCGGCUUCAAUCGAAGCUGGUUGAGUCGUUCUGACGCAUGCGCAUACAGUCGUAAGUGGUAGUGAAGGGUGAAGAGAAAGAGUUGUCAUUGGGCGUGUUAGUGAAGCCGGCUUCCAGCUCGCUUUUUUUCACAUUUUUAAACAUUGUUGAAUUGCUCAAAUUGUUUUGUACCAAAAACGUUUGGGUAAAACAUUUUUUCCCAGGUUGUUUAAACAUUUUUUUUCAACACCAAAAAAACGUAAUUAAUUUGUCAAAAUUGAAUGAAUUAAAUUUUCUUUGCAAUCUUCAAGAUGAAUUUUGAAAAUUUUGGUUCCUAGUCUUAAUUUUCAACUUUGAAGGCCUGACUCAGCCUAAUUUUGAAUCAAAAUUCAAUUUACAAACAAGCUGUGAAAUCAAGAAGUUUUUUGCAACACUAGCUGUUUUUAAUUUGCAAAUGUUGUUUGGUUUGGCUAAUUGUUACGAGUAUAUGUAAAUCAAACUAUUAUAAGUAUCAUAAUUUUAGGGGUCAUUUUUUCAAAUAAAAUAAUUGAUACUUUCAAUUUUGAUACUCCUGCAGCUUUCUAGCUUACAUGCCAACUUUUUCACGCUUCGCCACUGCCGCUAACACACAGUUUCUUCCAGACUGAUGGGGCAUAGCAUUUCAUAUACCUAGUUAGAUAGUGAGAAAAUAAGAUAAAAUCGUCACCAUGUUCAAAUAUGCACAUUUCUAAACUUCACAAGCACUCAAACUUUCAAACAGUUUUUUCUCAAAAUACAACUUUCACACAUAUGUCCUUUUUGCUAUGACGUCUUCAAUUACAUUACAUAUCCUGACACACUCUGUGAAUGGAUGGUGUAGGAUGGAUCACGAAAAAACAUUUUUUUAAAAAUUAUGUUUAAGAAUUUCGACCAAAUUCAGUGGAGACUUUCAUUUUGAGUUGUGAAAAAUUAGGGCUCCGGAGAAGCCCCUUUUUCUUCUCAAAUACAUACUUCGCUUCAAUUGUGUUAGAAUACAUAAUUAUGGAAAGCUAUUAUUUCUGGAACUUACAAUUGGAUACAUUUCAGUUUUUGAAAUUGACAAUAAUGGCCAAGAAGUUGGCAACGCUGCGUUCUAAAAUAUUUUUCCAAUUUCAGAAAUCAUAUUUUUUGAUGGUUUGGCCUGAUUAAUGUGAAAUAUUUGAGAAGAAAACAUAUUUUUCAAAACACGAAUUACCCAACAAAAAAAAUGAACAAGAACUUAGAGUUCUGUGUAGCUCGACUGAUGAAGAAAAUCCAGCAGAUCUUUUACUUGAAUGAAUAGUCGUAAUUUACCAUGUUUUGGAGUAAAUAUUACUCAUGAGGUUAUAAUAGGUAAUUAGUUAGGUAGGUACAUACUCUGAGACACUGUGAAUAGAUGGUAGGAUGGGUCACAAAAAAAUGCAAGAAAAAACCGUGUUUGGGGAUUUUGACCGAAUUCAGUGGAGACUUUCAUUAUGAGUUGAGAAACAAUUAGGGCUGAUUUUUUUGGACAGCAAUGACCUAAUUCGAGCGACGUAAAAUUUCAAAUACUACAAUUUUGGAACUGAGCCGUUUCUAAAAACCCAUGAAUUUUUCUUAAAUGCACCUCUUUGAAGGACCCCAUAGGCCUAUCUUCCCUCCAAGAGCACUUCCGGAUCAAAAAAUUUUCUGAAUGACUUUCUACUCAAAAUGAAGAUCUCCACUAAAUUUGGGCUACAUUUUUCGAAAUUAUUUUUCGAGAUCGAUCCUAAUGUGUGGAUAGAUAUCCUCGCAUUGUAGUACGAUACGAGUGUAAUUUGUGAUCUCCGGUGAAAAUAAUUAAAUGUAGGUACUGUAUCAGUAGAAUUGUGUAUUGAAUUAUGUAAUUGUACUCCACUAAUAAUUGUAAAUAUUUAAACUCAUUAGUCAUUAUGCGUGUACCUAGUACCUAUACCUACAUAAUAUA